GGAAGAAAAACAAACAUGGCGACGUUUCCCGAGAAACGAAAGGGCAAUAGUAUUCCGUAAUAUCGACUAUUGAAGGGUUAAAGCUGGGAGGAAGGGUAGAGAAUGAUCAUUUUUACCUUAUUUCGCUAUUUCUCGCUGUGGUUUGAUUACCAAUUUGUACUGACAAGAUAUUAGCGAAGAAUACCGAUCAAAUAUGGCCACUCGUGAGGACGAAACUUCGAGGGCGAGAGGAUCCCACGUUGUCAUCAAUGGCUGCAUCUUCGUGUCCUGAUCGUACAGAGAGUAUGCGCUCAACAAACGAUGGAUGCUGGGCAUCUCCACGAAACAGUCUACGUUUAAAUCAGACAUCUCCAAUUGAAAUACUGGCUGAAAACAAUAAUCGUUCAAAGAGCGUGAAAAGCAAAAGGCUGACUCACCCCAGCGAGAGCAUUUUCCUGUUAAGGGUAUUUCUCUUCACGGCGCACUGCGUUAUUAACACGAUCCUUUUCACUUUGUUUAUUUGUGUGGCAAUUCUUGUGGUUCCUGUGUGUUACUGUGUGAGGAAAACCCUUCUGAUUUGUAGCCUUCGGAACGACCGAGAUGGGAUGUUGAGGACAAUGUCCUCCUCGGACGCAGUGUGGCUCGUCAACUUGGCAAGUACGAAAAAUACUACACCGGUAUCGAAUAUUUUCUUUACCUUUGAGGGUGUUAUAUCUGUGGGUGAAAUUCAAAAUUUUAUUUCAGAGAAAUUGCUUCUUCAAGGGCCACUGCGAAGUAAUAAUUUGCCAUUGGGUAAAUUCAAGCACGUUCCUAUUCGGAUAAUCAGCGGGUAUGGAUGGAAGGAAAUUAGCAAUUUAAAUAUCAGCGGCUAUAUUCUUGAAAGAAAAGAGAAAUCUUCAUUGAUGCCCGUCGAUUUAACAGGAAUUGCGGAGGUGCUAGACACCUGCAAUCUUGAAAAAUUAUGGAGAAUUCUAGUGUUCCCAAACUUUGAUGAAGGAGAUACAGGGGUACUCUUUCAAAUUCAUGAGAGCCUCGCUGACAUCUUUCCUAGCUCGAAGGUUGUUUUAGAAUCCCUUGAUUACAAGACGAUUUAUCUCAAGAAACAGUGUUUUCUUUUGGGACGACUAGCUACUUACUUUUGUGCCUGCUACAGGGGACCUUUUGUGAUUCUUAAAAGACUUCUUAUGAAGAAACAAAGAGAUUUUUCCUUGACACCAAGCCAAGAGGCCAGUGAUUCCUUUCACGUGUCCUGGUCUCGAGCUGUAGAUUUUAAAUCUGUCAAGCGGAUAAAGGAUAUUACUCGCACAAAAGGUAAGAAUUCUGUCAGUGUGCUUUGUUGGUGUUUGGUUCAAUAUUUAUCUAUUUCAUUCUACAUUUCUCACAGUAUAAUUACAGUACUGUACAUACACAGUGUGGACUUCUUGUCACGUUGCUUACCCUGGGCGAAACUCUGAUAUGAAUGGGACAGGUGUGCUCAUCUGAAAAGUAGAAUCAAACCCCAAAAGGAGACCAAUCUUGUUAUAGUUGAAGGCGUAUGCAGUUGUGGAUGGCCAUCCUGUAGUGUUGACCCCUAAGACAUACUUGGGCAUGGCACAGAAUUUGUUGACAUUUAAUGGCCAUAAUUUUUUAACACCGGAUGGGCAUUGGGGUCAGAUUGCUUUUGCACUUUUGUAGCAAGACCCCCCAAGGAAAGAUCUGUGGGAUUUGUAAUGCACAGUACCUUGUGGAGAAGGACUGGUAGACAGAAUAGACCAUGGUCAGGGGGAAUCCCCGCAGAAGGCUGUGGGUCUGAAGGUACACAUUGCUUACUAACAAGUGGAUGAAAAUGUGCCACUUGCGUCUUAUUAAUUCGUUUUUACAAAAAUAAUUUCACGGCAUUCGCUUUUGCUUCACUUUCUACUUGCAACUUAUCAGAAAUUUACAAUUGGGAAAUACUGCAUGUUUAUUGCCACUUGAGGCUUCAUCUAAAUGAAUUGUUGCUCCAGGGGGAGGGUGAUGGUAGCUUUUUGUGUAGCAAUGUUGUUCUUUGGUGAGGGAUUUGAAAAUGCGGUUGUACAAAAUUUGUACAAAAUUUGUACAAUUCGUUUUAGGUACCCUUGCCGCUGAGAAGUGCCUUUAGUAUUGGACAUAUAAAGAAGAUAUUACACCAACACAGCACUAUAACAUUGAUCUUGUAUAUAGAUAUUUCUUUGCACAUAGUUCAUUGCACUGAACACCCUAAAGAAGACCUAAAUAAGCAAUUUGCUCCCCCUCCAAGGGAGACAGUGAAUCAUUAGUAUCCCUGUCUCUUUCAUAUACAAGUCCCUCCCCCAGGGUCCUUAAUGGGGAUGGGUGUAGGGGGAGAAUGCUGGUUUCACAUUUUCUCGGAUUAUAGCAGUUUUUUAGCCAGACUCGGCUGUAACGUGAUGCAGGGAAGCCCAGAGUUCUGAAACUAUGAAAUUCAUGUUUUCCCGCACAGAUGUUUCAUACCAAAGUUACAGUUUUUUUAAAUUUUCUGCUGUUCUUAGGUAAACUGGGCUCUUCUAGAGCACAGCCCUGUUUUAGUUUUUUAAAAUUGUAAGACAAAACUUUUAAAAACCUUGUGACAUAUAGGGUUACCUAAGUGAUUUCCAUAAGAGAGGAUGAAGAAAGUGUUGUUUUUCAGGUAGCUUUUUCUCCCAUACAUGUGAAGAUUCAUUAGGGGUAAGAGGUAGUAAUUUAACUGCUUAAGUUGUGUUUUACACAUACUGGUAACUGUGAUGAUCUUUCAUCUUUCAUUUCUUGUGAUGAUCUUUCCCCCAAUAAAUUCAAAUAUAUGAUGAAAUUCUUAUAUUCACUUUCCUAUAGGUAACUAUUUUGGGCUUAUAGUCAUCCCGUUGUAGAAUUUAAUUAGUUUCUCUUUUUCUGUGUUCAUGCAGGAUAAAAAAUACCAAUAAUUACCUAUAUGCAAUAAUUAACAAUAAUUAUUCCAUUAUUGUCUACUGGAUAUGAGAUGGUAGAUAGCCAAUGAGGUGUUUAGCACUGAGUUGGCUAUAAUCACCUCCUAUCCAGCAACCACGAGUGGAAUAAUAUUGUUUUAUUAAAGAUGCCCACAAAAUGUAGAGAAUUCUUUUCCGCCUUAUUUGUAUAAACAGCCGAUUUUCAGCUUGUCUUUAAUUUUGAGCAGAUGUCUGCAGUUACCAUUUUUUGAGAGCAUGGUAUAUUGGCUCAUAUACCAUGAAGGCUAAGCCAAUCAGAACUCUAGAAUUGCAUUAUCCAAUGAUUCAGUUUUUAAUAAAUGCAAAUAUAUAGUUUGCUUUACUGUUUUGUCACUGUAAAAGUCACCCUGUGAGCAGAGCCUCCUUUUGUCUUCUUCUUGAUCAAAGAGAAGAAAAGGAGGUUCUGCCUGAAUCAUGUCAAGCCUUUGAAGUCACUGAAUACUGAAAUUCUGGACUAGUCGAUCUUGUUUUCUCUCGUCAAACUGGUUUUUCAAGUGCAGAGGCCAUCUGUUUAUUAAUAAACCGAUAGUCAUAGCUGAGCCUGCUGCACCAAGUUUAAAGUAUUAGGCUUGGGUUUGAAUCUGUAUAAGAGCGACAUGCAGCGCCUAGUUAACAAAGGAUUUAAUUGAUUCAUGUUAUCUCUCGUCUGUGCCAAAAUUGAGUGAGGGGGAAGAAAGGCGCUACUGGCAGGGUGUGUUAAAGUCAACACUGUGUACCAGCCACUUGCAAUGUAUAUAUGGAGUUAUUUGAUGUUACUCACUUGUUGUGGAAACUAAUUUAGUAUUCGACUUUGUUUAGUGACAGCCGGGGGUGGGGGGGGGGUGGGUCUGGCUCGUGAAAAGAGUAAGUUAUAUUAAAAAAAAGUUGAGUUAGUUCUGUACUAUUAUGAUGUAUUAAAGUUCAGACUUGGCUGUGAGGCUUGGGGGAAUAAGAUAGAAGAAAUUACCUUGAGAGUCACCGGGAUGGCCAAUGCAGUAAACAACCGCAUAAAAGAACACUUGUUUUGGGGCUUCAGGCUGAUUUUGUUCAUGUUCUUAAGGUGGUCUUAAAAUUGUUUCUAAAUCAAAUACUGCAUAGACUACCAACAGAUGAAAUCAUUUAAUGUGCAAGCACAACGUUUUAAUUAUAGUUAAUGGGUGGAACUAUGAUCUUAACUGCAUUAAUGAAGGCAAUAAUAUUACAUUGGGGGAGGGGUAGCAGUUCUGGUGAUAAAUAACUCGAAACUCAGCAACAGUCAGCAAAUUCAAAAUGCACCAGCUCCCCCUCCCUCUUUCUAUGUAACUAUUGAUCUACUUAGUACUGUACCCUAGUAGGUUAUUCUAAUCUAACUGGCAGCCAAUUUUUUUUUAUAUAUAUUAAGAACAAUCUUCAUUUUUCAGGCUGAACAAGUUCUUAUGAAUAUGUUACUUUUUUGACCCAAUUUCAGCCCGAGUGUUCUUAAUCCACUUGUUCUUUUAUGCUGGUUUUUACUGUAUAUUUAUUUUGUGUAAUUUUCCCUAGCCUAAGAGCAACUGUGGUUAAAUAUCUUGAAAAAAAUUGGUCUAUUGAAUUACAGUUGUGAUUAAGGAUCUUGUUUUCUGAUUUAGUGGAGACUGUUCUUCUUUCCUGUGUUGCUGGUGCAAUUCGUUCGUAUCUACAGAAGCAUAAAUGUCAAGACCCCGAUGACAUUCUUGUCUGUAUAAGAACUGACAUUAGACCACAACAUACCAAACUGAACCUGGAUAACAAGUCUUCCCUGGCUUUUGUCAAACUUCCAGUAGGAACAGAAGGUAUGAUACUGUUGGUAAUUCAGUGGCCAGUUUAAAGGAAAAUUACAUUUUACUCAUUAAAGUGUGGUGUGUCAUAAAGUGCAAUUAUAUGUAACAUACCAAGAGUGUGAAAAUCAUUUAACAUUACCUGACUGUGCAAGACACCAGAAGUGGAUUACAAAAUGGUUGCAAAACAAAUCGAAUCUUAAGCUACGUGCGAACGGACGUAACACGAACUCCCAACAUCGUUGGCCCGAAAAUGUUGAGAGUUGUUGCGUCCGUGUUGGCAGUGGUCUGCUAACAGAUGCAAGAACUCCCAACAACACGUAACAACAUGCAACAAAAUGCAACAGGGUGUGCAAACGGACGCAACAUUUAACAUCCAUUUUUUGGUUUACUUGCUUAGCAGCCAUUCAAUAAUCUUGAGAAAGUGCACCCCGGGAUGGCGGGGUUGUCAGAUUGCUUGUAACCGCGGGUUAUUCCCCCACCCCUCCGAGCGGGUUACCACACCCACCUUUGGUCCCCCACCUCCAUGAAACAGGCAUGAAAAAGGCUCUUAACCUGUUUUAGACCGCGAGCGGUCGUCCUUCUUUCUUCAGAACCGCGCACGCGGAAAGGUAAAAUUUUUAUGCAAAUUAAUUGUAAAAAGGAGGAGAGUUUAAGACGGAGGGACGAAGAAGGACUUCCGCCGUUGUUCCUCACAGCUUCACUGCUCGCCAUUCAUGCGUGCCUUCGAUCUACUGUGACUCGUAGCAACUGCAAAAGAAAAAUAAGUGACGUGACUGCUUACAGUCUAAUCUGUUUAGGUAUGAGUUAAAACCAGGCCGCUAUUAACCAACCUGCCUUACGCACAUCAUAUAAAUCUUUAGUAAGAUACAGCGCGGCCGGUUACUUAACACCAAACUGUCUUGAAAUUUUUAAUUGACCACUGAGUACACCCUCAAAAGCCGGUUCACGUUCACAAGAGGGCCGAACAUAAAUUUUCAAUUCAAAUGUCAUUUUUUUUGCGCAAAUAAAGUGAGGGAGUUUGUAAACAUCGUGUAAAACUGUGUUUGUCAUGAUUUGGCUUUUGUAAUCGUAUUCUCUGAGACAAAUUAAGUUUAAGAAAAAUUUCCAGUCAAUUUGCUUUCUCACUUUGAAACUUUCCUUUGAUUUCGUACUGCAUUUCUGAUACGUAACUCGCAAUAUGUAACUGCCAAAUAGCAUUUUGGUAAGUUAGAACAACCCGUACAUGUGAAAAUCUUGUACUUUCUAUUUACGAGUGAAGAUGGGUCUAUUUUGUCAGAUUUGAUGACAUCCUUUCAGACCAACGGUACAGACUCUUUCAGCUCCCGGGUCAUGUGAUUGCAUUGCAUUGAGAACUAGCAAGACGUAAAUCGGAAAGCUGCUUCUUCGUCCUUCCCAUCACGUCCCGCAACCGUUAUCACUUGCCCAACGCCUUCACGCUUUCCACAACAGAUAACUAGAGAUUGUUUACGAGUCUUUCAACGGUACGAAAUCUACUUUGCGAAGUAACGAUUACCUAUCGAAAGUACGAGAAGAGCUUUUGCUUCGAAUUGCGUGAAAUCGUGAACGGAUAUUCCACCUUUUCUCAAACCUAUCUUCUGUUGAGUCACUAGCUUAUUCUUACCUGUGUUAAUCAGUGACCGAUAAUAAAGCCGUCAGAACGCAGGUCAACACUUUUGAAGCCUGGAACAGUUGACAAUCAGUUACGUCCGUUACCACUUUUUUUUUAAGCGCGCAUAGGCAUUAGUAUAAGUCCCAACGUAACUUCCCAUGUCAUAUGAAAAACGUACCUGAAUUAAGCGGAUAACUCUAGCGGAGGGUCCCUCGACGGUAAGCGUGUACUUAUUUUAUUACAACUUAAUCAUUUUGUAGGAGCUGUCCCUCGUCUUUGGGAAACCAGACGGAGAAUAGAUAAGUUUUCAUUUACUCUUGAGACGAUCAUCAUUUAUGGGUUCAUCAAGCUCUGUCUCCUACUUUUCCCUCUGUCUGUUGGUAGACGGAUCAUUAACUAUUUAACUGAAAAGGUCUCCUGUACGGUGACCCAAAUCCCAGGACCAAACACGCCUGUAUAUCUUAACGGCAAAAUGGCAAAGAUGAUGGCGUGCUGGGCUCCGAGAAAGACAGAAAAUGGUUUGUCAAUCUCUAUUACCAAUCACGGUGGACAGAUUCGCCUAGGCUUGGUUACUCAUCACUCGCCAAUUAGCGACUCUUCUGUGUUAUUGGCGGAGUUCGAGAGAGAAGUAGCAGACCUUGCCAGUCAUCUGGGGAAAAGAGCUCUGCCAUCUCAUUUGCGAUGGCGCUUAAAAGUCGAUCAACAAGUGAAUGAGGUUGCAGAAGAGAGAGAAGUCACAGGAGGAGAAACUGUUUAACAAUGUACGUAUCUUGACAAUUCGACGAGGUGCUGUAAGUGUACACUAAUUCUUUUUUAUCGUGAGCUUUCCGUUUUAUCUGUUCUUAUUAUUACUGACUGUAGUAAAGUGAUAUUUGAUGAAGGAAACAGGUGGAGGAAACAUUGAAGGCGACACAAUGUACGUUACAAUUUUCUGAAUGUUGUAUGCACGCAAGCUCCAAGAUGUAAAAAGGGCUAAGGAACUAGCAAAGUAUGUCCGUAUGGCCCAAAGUGUAACCAUAUUUUUGCUUUUGUUCGGUUAAAUUUCAUUUUCCUUUGGUACGUAUUAAAAAGUCCUAGCUUCCAAAACGCGGUAAAAAGUGUAGUUCGUAACUGCAAUUUGCUGUUGAACAGUUGUUUCCAAUGCCUACACCGGUUGCAAAUUUCCGUUAGAGCUGGUUAAAGUUUCCCAAGGUUUGGAGGUUCCACCCCUGAACCUUCUUAUUAGAAUAGAACUACGUUCCUCACUUAAUGACUCCUAGUCAUAACUUUUUUUUUUGUUAAAGAAACUUCUCUUAGUUGUUGGAACGACUGAUUUGCCACCGAUCUUGGUAGGAUCUUUACUGUGGUACUUAUUUAAAAAUGGUUUUGGGCAACACAUCGAUGCAUUGCCAGACCGCUCUCCCUGAACAAUCAAAGUUCACUCGUAUGACCUCACAAUUGUUAAAAUAUGGGCGGAAUUGCUCAUAUUGGUAAAACUGUAUAUCAGCCGGACACCCUUUUAGUAGCGACGCUGAUUGAAGUAAACCCCUUUUUAACUUGAGUUCCCUGAUUUAAACAAAUGAAUAAUUGCAUUUUUCUUCCAGUAAAAGGAUUCUGAAGGUAAAUAAUUAAGAGCAACCUUUGUAGGUAAGGUAAUUUAAGUAGACUAAUUUAAAAUAACGUCAAGUUGUGACUGAAUAUAAUUCCAUGUAAAGUACUGUAUAAAAUGUAUAAUAGCAGAUUAGAAAAAUGUAGGGAUCAUUAUAAAGAGUAAAAAUGUUAAUUGUGCUUAAAAGUGAUUUGCUUUUAAAAUACCUUAAGCCACGUGCAAACGGAUGCAACAACACGCAACAACAUGUAACAGGGUGUGUAAACGGACACAACAUAUAACAUCCAACCAUGUUGGGAGUUGCUGGCCAACAAUGUUGCGUUGGUUCGCACGGGGCUUUAGAGGUAUGAGAUGCAUACCUUAUUGCAAUAACGCUCAUACAAAAAUAAUAACUAAAAACAAAUUAAAAAAAGCCAAAUAGGAAUAAGUUAGCCAUGUAAACUAUAUUUUGAUAUUCUCUAUUAAUAAUCCCACAAACAGUUUUACGGUAUGAUAUCAUACUUGCCUUAGAAUUCAGUGGAGUUGAGAGGAAGUAAAUUUGUCACCAUAAAGGCGUCAUCUUCCGUCAGAAUACAGAUUGCUGAAUGUAGUGAACGGCCUAAUUUAUUCCUAUUCAGUUUUUUUUAAAAUUCUCAUUUUUCAUUAAAUAGGACGAUGUUACUGCAUGUGUAAAAUAUUUCUUGUGAAUUUCUCAAAGCUAUAAGAAAUUCUUUGCUGGUAAAGGAUUGGCUUUGUACAAAACGGAGAAAGGUUAUUUAUGCAAACACCG